AUGGUUGAAGCUACCGGAGACAUUGGCCUGAUCGGUCUAGCCGUCAUGGGCCAGAACCUGAUCCUUAACGCCGCGGACCACGGCUUCACCGUGGUGGCGUACAACAGAACGGUCGCCAAGGUGGACCACUUUAUGGCCAACGAGGCCAAGGGCAAGUCCAUCAUCGGCGCCCACUCCAUCCAGGAGCUCGUCGACAACCUAAAGAGACCCCGCAGAAUCGUGCUGCUGGUCAAGGCCGGUGCCGCCGUGGACGCGUUCAUCGAGCAACUGCUGCCAUACCUCGAGAAGGGCGACAUCAUCAUCGACGGCGGUAACUCGCACUUCCCUGACUCCAACCGUCGCUACGACGAGCUCAAGACCAAGGGCAUCCACUUUGUGGGCUCCGGUGUCUCGGGCGGUGAGGAAGGUGCCCGUUACGGGCCUUCGCUCAUGCCAGGUGGUGCCGAGGAGGCCUGGCCACACAUCAAGGACAUUUUCCAGUCCAUCGCUGCCAAGUCCGACGGCGAGCCAUGCUGCGACUGGGUUGGUACCGCCGGUGCCGGCCACUACGUCAAGAUGGUGCACAACGGUAUUGAAUACGGUGACAUGCAGCUGAUCACCGAGGCCUACGACAUUAUGAAGCGUGUCGGUGGCUUCACCGACAAGGAGAUUGGCGAUGUGUUUGCCAAGUGGAACACCGGUGUUCUAGACUCCUUUUUGAUCGAAAUCACCCGUGACAUUUUGAAGUACGACGACAAGGACGGCACCCCUCUUGUCGAGAAGAUCCUCGACUCUGCCGGUCAGAAGGGUACCGGUAAGUGGACCGCCAUCAACGCCUUGGACCUGGGUAUGCCUGUCACCUUGAUCGGCGAGGCCGUUUUUGCCCGUUGUCUCUCCUCCUUGAAGGACGAGAGAAGAACCGCCUCCAAGAUCUUGCCUGGUCCUCAAGUGGCCAAGGACGCCGUCAAGGACAAGCAGAAAUUCGUCGACGACUUGGAACAGGCCUUGUACGCCUCCAAGAUCAUCUCCUACGCCCAAGGUUUCAUGUUGAUCCGUGAAGCCGGUAAGACUUACAACUGGAAGUUGAACAACCCUGCCAUUGCUUUGAUGUGGAGAGGUGGUUGUAUCAUCAGAUCUGUCUUCUUGGCCGAAAUCACCAAGGCUUACAGAGACGAGCCUGAGUUGGAGAACUUGUUGUUCAACAAGUUUUUCACCGACGCCAUCACCAAGGCCCAAUCCGGAUGGAGAAGCACCAUUGCUUUGGCCACCACCCAAGGUAUCCCAACUCCUGCUUUCUCCACCGCUUUGUCCUUCUACGACGGUUACAGAUCCGAGAGAUUGCCAGCCAACUUGCUACAGGCCCAGCGUGAUUACUUUGGUGCUCACACUUUCAGAAUUUUGCCAGAAGCUGCUUCUGAAGAAUUCCCAGAAGGUAAGGACAUCCAUGUCAACUGGACUGGUAGAGGUGGUAACAUCUCUGCUUCCACUUACCAAGCUUAA